AAAAUAUUAAUGUACCUAACAACACCCUAAAGAUAUCCAUAAUUUAAAGGUGUCCCUAGUUCUCCAGUUAUGCCUCGCACCUUCUACUAAACAUCAUCACCUCCUAUGAGUUUCGUAAAACCAUUCGUUUAGUAAAAUACUUAUCGUCCUUAACCAUCUCUACCUAUAAGCCAAAGAGGUCCAAUUCCAACUUAAAAUCCAUAUCAAAGAGCAUAAACUCCAUAAGCUCGAAUUACUGGUAAAACUGUACCAUCUAAUCCUCCACCUUAAAGAGUACAAGGAAGUUUGCCUAAUAAUGUAUUACCAAAAGGUCAGAAUCCAUAAACUAUGAUUCCAAAUAAACCAUAUACUAGAACAAUGAUACCUCAAUCUAACAACAAACCUUAAAGUGCAAUACCAGUAUUUAUAACUAUAAUUUAUUAGACCAACUAAUAAUAAAUGGUUUAAUCUUUGAGCAAAGAAAAUUAAGACUUAAAAAAGAAAUUAGCAGAAAAAGAUUUAGAAUUAUAAAAAUUAAAGGCUAAGGAAGAAGCUUUAGAGUAGAAAUUCAAAGAAUUAUAGGAUUAAUAAAAGAGUUGAAAUACUUAGACCAA